UGGUGGGCACCCUGUCAUGCAUUGCGUCAUGCCAUGUAGUGUCUGAAACCUCCGGGGAUUGAGUUCACUACAUAGUUAACUAUAUAGUGAAAUCCCAUAUGGGGGUUAGGAGUUAGGGAUUGAGUGAUUCAUUUGUUUUUCACAAGUUUUGGUUUGGAAAAUAAGGGAAUUUGUCCGACCCCAGCCCCAUCCCCUGAUCGGUGCAGCAAGCAGGGGCGGGGGUGUAAAUUCAUAGUCUGUGUGAUCACGGAUGAUAACUCGCUUCUACUAGUUGGUGGGUACUAAGCAGGCCAGUGACAGAGUUCAGUUUGGAGAGAAAGAAUAAUGUUUUUUUUCCAUAUAAUAUAGGGGAGAGUGGGGUAAGCCAAAGGGUAAGUUGAGCCACCCCCUGUUGCUUGGAAAUGGUAAAAGAAAUUGAUCAUGUGACCAAAUAUUUAGGAGAUGGGCAUACAUUUAUGGAGUCUGUGGAGGUUAAAAGCACAUGGGUGAAGAGGUCAGACAUUUACCCCCCCUCCCCCCCAUGUCACUCUUGAAAGUGAAUUUAGUCUAGCUUAAGUUUUAUUAGAAUUGUGUUCAGACCAAAAAAAAGAUCAUUUUAAAUCUAUUUUAUACAUUAAUUGUGGUAUCUAUGAGCUACAACAUGAGGUCAAAAACCUAGCAUAAAAGUCCACCAUUUUAGCUUAAAGGACGAAUAAAGUCAUCAUAGUAGUUCUGGGGUAAGCUGGUCCAGUGUCUUAACCGAGAAAGUAAAUAAGUAUGAUGAGAGGAUCAGAGUUUUAGAUCAGAUUGUUGAAAGAUUGUUGAAAAAUGUUUUACUUUUUCUGUCAAAAAAUACAGCUGUGAAUGUUCUGAAUCACUUUAAGUUAAAAUGGCUUUUUACCAGUUUAACCGUUUUUUUAGCAGUCAUAUGCAAUAAUAAUAAAAAAUAAUUAUUGUACCAGUUGAAUAGUGUAUAAUACAAAAACACAUGAAUGUGAAGAAGUGACUGUUUUUUAGGGAGAGAGAAGGUGAGGGAGGGCUGGGGUGAAGAGUGUGCGUGUGUGACCAUAGGAGACCACUUUUUUUGGCAUGCUAUUAUCAAGACAGUUCUGUUUACACUCAUUCUGUUAGUUUGGAGGGAUGCACAACAUCUUGAAAUAUAUACAGAUACACUAGUUAGAGACAAAACUAUGAUUGCCUUGAUGUAGUGAUCCGAAUUAUGAAAAAUGGCUCAUUUUACCCCACUCUCCCACAUAAUAUAAUACGGGAGAUUUACGGGAGAAUAAUACGGGGAGACGGCGGGAAAGAUGGGUGAAAUACGGUAGUUUAUAGGCCAAAGCCGGAUACUCGACUGCUAUGUGUCAGGCUGAUGCGUAUCUCAUUCUCUCAGUAAGAAAAACUGAUCAUAUCACUGUUUCAGACAAAAACCUACUUACUCUAUGGUUCAGUCCCUUAAGCUUGUCUCUGCUGACAGUGUGCGGUCGCGCGCUGCCAUUACAGCCGCAGGCACACAGUAAACAACACGACGUCACUUCCGCCUUCAGGUUGACAGCAAAACAACAAAAGCAGGAGCGAUUUAAAAAUCAUCUUCACAUCUAGAGCCGUUUCAGAAAGCCUUUACAGAGAUAAAAUGAAGGUAAAUGAGUCCGCUCUUCUGUAUUAUUCUGCACGUAUUUGUCGUGAACGUUCAGUGAGUGGACGUGUUGGUGUUUACGCGAGUGCGUAUGUGAGAGUUAGAUACCGUUAUCUGUAAAGAUGAACAACCCGCUCCUCUUCAAACAUCACUGCAAACAUUUCUAUCCUGCUUUAUUAUGACGGAUGUUGUAACUCAGAUCAAUCACGUGUAUACUGAUGCACCCAAAUUCUCAACAAGGACUAACAUCGACAGUGAUGUCAGAUGAUCAAUUGAUCUUCUUGUGGUGAGAUAAUCAGUGACCAGAUGAUGAAACGUUUUUUUUUUCUUUCAGUUUUAUCUGAGCAGCAUUUCUUCUCAAUAUUUAUUAUCCUUUCAAGGAAAAAUUGUAUAUUUACAUCACUAAAUGACAAAGCCUUUCCUUCUUAUAUUGCUCAAACACGGGCCUAUAUGGCACAAGUUGUUUUACAAACCUUUUUAGUAGAUUCUUCAUCCUCCCUGAAGUUGUAGCAAAGGCUACAGAUUAUUUUUCUGAGUUCAAUACAUGUCCUUGGCUUGUGUCAAGAUGAUUUGUCUUUUGCAGAGCAGCUGUGCCAUAAUGUACAGUAUACUCUUAUUAAAUGGUAAUGUUAAAGCUCCUGUGAUGAGUUUUAGAUGUGUAUGAAACAGUGGACUGAAAUGAAUAUUUUUUGCUUCUUAUGGCCUGAAACAGAAAAGAAGAACAUAUACAGAAAGAGCGAUUAUUUCUACAUUGUUUUUUUUAAUGUCUGAAACUGCUUGUGAGGGUCAGACAAAGUGAACAUGCAUGAACAACAUGCUCACGAUGCAGCCACCAUUUUUCAGAAUUUUGACAUCAAAGAUCCUUGAUGAGAGACACAUUUGGUUGUCAAAGGAGAUAAUUGUUCAGGCUGUAAGAUAAGGGGCCAUCAAGUUCGGCCUUUGUCAUUGAAAAGGGGUCCAAUUUGCCACUAGGUUUUCACCUGCUUAUCUAUUGAGAGGGUGAAAUGGUUGGAAUCAGACAGAUUUUUUUUUUAUUACACAACCUGGAGCACAGCAGUACAACAGUUUCCUCUUGAUAACAUGUGUUCCUCCUACCCUAUCCCUCUGAGUGUAACAUCAGAGGCAAAUAGAUGAUUUUUAAAUUGUGAUGAUGUUACGUUUCAUUGUAUCUUGUUAGUCUUAGUAAUCUCACUUUACCUAUGAACAGCUCCUGUUUAUGCAGCCUCAAAAUGAGUGAUUAUCCCCUAAUCAAGUCUGUAGUCGUGGAUUUGUCCCCUAUAACAUUAACAGUGUGUGUUUCCUUUCAGGUGAUGAUUUCACAGCAGGAAGGUGAAGAGACAAACUCACCUGUUGACUGCAACAACCACUAUAAGUGUGAAGACAGGGAAGAAGAGGAGCUUCCCCCCGACCUCCAAGAGGAACAUUCACCAGGUGAGGGGCCAUCAUGACAACUUAGAUCAGUUUUCAAAAAUGCAGACCUUUAGAGGUCCAACCAGUUUUUGUUUACUUUCAUUUUUUUUCUCCUGAUUCCUCAGUGGAGAGUGAUUACCUCUGGGAAUUUGUGUCAGGAUAUUAUAUAACACAGAUGUUUAACAUUGUCAUCUUAGUGAGGUAGUUAGUUUGAAGAGAAAAAUGGAGGGAUUGGAAUCGUAGGUAUGGAAAAGUUACAUGUUCUGCUGCUGCUGUUAUAGGAAGUGUUGGUUGUCUCUUGGACCAGUCAGCAGCAUUCUGGAUAAGGUCUAAUCUCCCUGAGGUCUACACAGUCUUCUUUUAUGAACAUGGAUUGAUGCAUGUGGGGGUUUGAAGGUUUACCACAGUGCUGGUUUUGUGUAAACCACUUUCAGGAACUUUAUCGUCACAUCACAUGAGAGCAGUUUCACUUAAUGUGCUGUGAGCUAAAAAUAUGCUAAGCAUGUAAUGGGAUUGGUUUCUUAAGUGUGACGUUUCAUGUUGCACUGGGAACUGUGAGUGUGAACAGACCCCCCCCCACCCAAUAUCUCCCUUUGACUUGGCUGGAAGAUGACCAAAAUAAGGUAAUGCUGGAAAGACAUCACAAGGUGAAGGUCUCUGAGUUGUUACAUGUGCUGUUACAUGUAUUUAUCAGUUAAAUCCUGUCAUGUAGCUAAUGACUGUUGCACAGAAUAGAAUUCUGUGUAUAAUGGUAGCUGACCAGGACUGUUUAUUUUGGGACAAAACAUGGGGAGCUGGUUAAAUGUAGUUAUGCUGCUGAUUGGAGUGAGAAGGCUGGUUAAAAGUGGUCCUAUUACAGUAAUUAGCCUCUUUGUGUGCAGAAAACCCAACAGCAAUCUUAAAUCUCAUGGUUUUGUCAAGAUAAACUCAUUUCUAUGAAACUCUGCAUGAACCAAAAAGUCCAAGUCACCAUUACCUUUGAAUUUGUUGGAACAUAUACUGUAAAUAGUGUUAGAAUAGAAUUUUUACAUCAAGAAAAAGAUUUGCUUUGCAAUAAACCCCUCAGGAUAUUUGCUAACAAAGAAAAUAAUAACACCAACAUCAUCUCCCAUGUAUCAUCCAAAUCAGCAAUGACCUCGGUCAAGACCUUAAACCCUCAAGUAAGUGCACUGUAUUGACCAGUGAUGUUGCCAUAGUGACUAUUUUCCAAGUUAUUUUUAACAAAAGUUUUAAUUCUGACGAGCUGACUUGUGUGAAUGUAGACAAAAACCCUGAAAGGAAAUUUAUGUGACAACUCGACCAAAUUCAUAAUUCCAACCACCUGGUCUAUGCUUGUCAUCUGCCUCAUUUAAAAUAGAUAAAUAAAUAAAAGACAUGGAUGCAAACCAACUUCCUUUGACUGAACUCAAGUACAUAUGACAUUAUAAUCAUUAGUCCUAAAUCACUCACUAAAUCAGCUCAGAACUUUGCCUAAUUUCGAUAAUUUCACCUUCACUCCAUCAUCCAGCAUCCAUAGCCUUGGAGUAAUCUUUGAGACCAACCUCACAUUCCAACAGCAUGUUAAUCACAUUACCCAGACCACAUUCUUCCACCUCAAUAUCAUCCGUCUCAAUCCUUCACUCUUCUCCUCGGCUGAAACCCGGAUUCAUGCUUUUAUCAAAUCCAGAAUUGAUUACUGAAACAGUAUCUUGUUUGGUUCACCCUCCAAAAUUAUCAAUAAAUUACAAUACAUCCAAAACUCUGCUGCUUACCUCCUCAUCCACACCUGUUUACGCAACCACAUCACUCCAGUCCUCCAAAACCUCCAUUGGCUCCCUGUUCACCCUGAAUUUAAAAUCUUUCUCCUCACGUUCAAAGCCAUCCAUCAUCAGGCCCUCUCCUACUUCACUGACCUGCUCCACUCCUACACUCCUUCCAACAUCCACCAAUCCUCAGACUCUUACCUUCUCACUCCUGCUCUGAGGACCAAGCACCAAACCUGAGGGGAGCGGGCUUUCUCCUUAGCUGCCCCCUCCCUCUGGAACACUCCCCAAAUACAUCCAGGACUUUACGGACAUAUCAAAGUUUAGAUCCCUCAUCAAAACCCACCUGUUCAAAUCUGUUAUUAAUUGUUGAUUCAACUGUAUUUUAGCCUGUCUUUUACUACAUCAUUGUCAAUUAAUUAAACAGAACAAAAAAUGCAAUUUAGUGCAAUUAACUACUGAAAUCCUACAUUAAUCCGUACUAUGAAAGAAAACAAUAAUCUGGCAGCCUUGGUUUUUACUUCUGCUGUAAAGUUGUGCAUUUCUACAUGGGACCUGUAGGGGGUUAAGCCUCUUUUGGAGUGAACUCCGAGGGGCAGGCCAAUUUUUGUCUUUCUGCUUGUAAUAUUUCGUUCAUGCUUGACUUACCAGGACCCUUUUUUUUUAUAAUGUGCCGUGUUCAUACUGCAUCUUCCAAGAAGUGAUUUCAAAAAAGGUUACAUCAUGUUUCCAUAUCUGAGUAAGGCUUUUUUGUGUCCACUAAAGAGACUAACAAAAUUUAUGUUUGAUUUUGGUUAGUCGUAAUGUCUUGUACUAAACCCUGUGUGUGCUUCUCUCCAAGACAGUUCAGCUUUUCUCUAACUCUCUACACAUUCCUUUUAUGUGUUUUUUUUUCUCUGUAACCCACAGAUGCAGAUAAAGAUCACCCCGCGCCAGAAGGAGGAGUCAUGUGGAGAGUGGGCGGCGGCUUAUUCAGCAUGACACGAAACGUUGUCGGUGCGACCCUGGGGGGCGUUGCGUGGGUAGGAACAAAAAGUUUUGAGCUCACCAAGACAGCUGUUACUAGUGUGCCGGCAGCUAGUGCAGGAUUGGUCAAAGGAAGCGUCUCCAUGGUUACAGGAGGUGUUGGAGCUGUGGGAUCUGCGGUGGCGAGUAAAGUCACACCAAGGAAGAAGGAUAAAGCUGACUGAUGGACAGUGGGCUUGUGUGUGUAUGUGUGUGUGUUUGUGUGUCGCAAACAAGAGCAAAAUAUCUCGAAAGCUGAGAAUGGAUUUUCAUCUGCAGUUCUCCUGAUAAAAGCAGCCUCUCCACUCAUACAACAACAAAGACACAAAAGCAGCAGGAUGUCCUUUACCCGUGGAAAAUCUGAUACACAAGGAGGCACAGCUGUCAAUGACGCAAAGGUACACCAAGAAUGCAGCAAUAGCAAGCUGGGAAAUACAAUUCCUCAUGUUUGUAUCUAUGUUGCAUGAGAGUAACAUGCUUGUGUGGCACAGGAAUCAAAAAUAUUGCUGAUAAUUUUUCUAGUCAAAGCUGAAAAUUUAAAUUCUAUCAUGUGCUCAGGCUCAAACAUUUUCAAAAAUUGUAAAGUUAGCCACCAGAGACAACAGAUUAAUUUUUGUCUGCAUGUCUCAAAUGUAGUUUUGAAGAUAUCUUUAGUAGCAAAACUUCAAAAGCUUUAUAGAAAACAGCAGUGGAUGUUGAUUAUGUUUUACAAGGAAGAUGAUUUGAUGGAAGCAGUGUUAGCAAUAAUGUGAUCAUAUUCUCUGAUACAAAGAACAAAAAAAGAAUGGGAUAUUAUAAUACACCCCAACCAGACAACUUCACGUUUGCGUUAAGUAGAGAGCGUUAUUGCUGUUUAAUGGACACUUGCGCUUUCUGAGGGACACUAUUGGAUGUGCUACCCCUUGUCUCCCAUAUUUAUGAGAGGUGCCAUCAAAACACUGGGUUGAAAGGCGCUGACGUAGUCCAGUGGUGUCUCAAAGGCACGCAGAAAUUUAACGCUAAUAAAUUGUUGCAGAUCCCUCAGGUUGACAGAUUUUGUUAAUAAUUGUUUAUAAUUAAAGUUCUCCAAAAGAGGUAACACCGUGCAAAAUGCGUCAGAAUACUAAGAACAUAGUUAUCAGAUAAAAAGUAUGUUUGAGAAAUUUCUAUUAGACAUGAAUUUUAAUUUUCCAGUUUAGGCCAAGUUCUAUUGUUUACAUGAACUGGGCAAGCUUUAUGAUCUAUACUACAAUGUGCCGCUGAGGGGGGCUCUAAAUGUUAUGGCCUUACAGGUUUAUAUACAGACUAUGGGUGACAAAUACAACCCAAUGCGUUGGCUUUAACAUGAGCUAAAUUGUCUGUCAGUGAAGUCUGGUGGCUUCCAUUAGAUCAGUACAAAAGCUGUUAUUGGUUAAAACCAUAGAUUGUAUAUAGAAUGGACAGCAUCUGCCUCCUGUCUGAGUGAAGCCACCACAAGAACAGCACCCUCUGGUGACAGGCUGCAGUAUAGGUCAUAAAUUCUGCCUCCUCCAGCAAUCUACAUGGAGGUGUGAACAAACUUUACAAAUUUAUUACACAGAACAUACAUUUUUCUCCUCCCUGCUUGCGAUGUUGACAUGUAGUUACUGGUUUGUGCUCAAGUCCUCUUUUUUCUGUACAGCUCAGUUUUUAAAAGUUAUUAAGGGGUUCAUGUUUUCUAUGAUUGACACUUGAUACAGCCUAUGGGUGUACGAAGAUAGCGUAGCUCACCCGGGGAUAUGCUGUUUGAGCCGAGCAUCAUCACAGCGACUCUCGGCGACUCUCCUGCCAAAUGCAUACAAUGCUAUUUUGCAAGUGGUGGAGUGCGUACAAUGCUGCUGCGCAAUGUUGGUUUCAGGAAAUGGAGAAAAAAACACGGAAAUACUGAGAGCUUUUUGGCUUCAAAUCUGUAUACUGGUGGAAGGUGUAACCAAGUUGUCCAUAGUAUAUACAGUCUAUGGUUAAAACACACAUUUAAAAAUAAAUUGUAAACAGCAAUUCUUGCUCUGUCAGGAUAAUGUUGUAAUGUUGUCAGACUUUUUUUUUUUUUCUUGAAAAAAACAAAAAACUAAAGGAGUCUGUCUGCUAACUACUUAAAUUAUUUGAAAACUGUCAGACGUGGUCAGUCAUUUGCCAACCAGGCAUCCAUCAUUAAACUUUAUGCAAUCAUUUUCAAAAACACCAAGUUUAUUUGUUUAGCUCUUGUGAAAAUUCAUGCUAUUUUUAACAACAUCGUCCCCAACAUCAUGUGUUCAUCUGCAAUUAUCAGUGAGUGGAUCGGUUAUGGCAUGCCUAGCUUGUGUGUUUGUAAAGGCAUUCAUUUCUUACACUAUGAGUAAAACACAGCUGUGCUGCAGGCUUUACAUUGGCCUCUGUUGUCUUGAAGAAUGACUGACUGUAAUGUUUCAAACUGACUGAAAGAAAAGUAAUAUGAUGGUUUAAAGAAAGGUGAGCAAAACUUGUAGCAAAACUUUUUAAUAUGCAGGGAACUCUUGAGUUGGUCGUCAAACCAACAGAUUGAAAUAGAGGGUGUGGCCUCAAUCUCAAUAUGACUAAUGACAGAAAGUUUGUAGCAGAUUAGCAAUAAAAUAGUUUAAUUUUCAUAUAAUGUGAAAUUAGAUAAACCAACAUGAAAACACUGAGUUUGAGUCAACUUAAGAAAAUAUUUACAUUUAUGAGAUGUUUUUAGCUUGUGCACAUACUGACUAUAAAGAAGCGGAUGCAGCUAAAGUGAAACCACUGUGAUGUGACAGUUUGAAGACUCCAUUUUGGCAGUUUUGUCACCAUAAUCCUAAAGUUCUGGAGCUAGAAGUGACCAUAUUUGGUCACUUGGUGUAGCCACCAACUUCUGGAUGAGACUAACUUUCCCUUGUGAUGCCAUUUUUUCUAAUCUGACUAUCCAAGAGAGAAAUAGAAAUGGAGUCAGAGUUCAGGAAAAAAAGUAAGAGGGAAUCAUUUCUCUCUCUUCUGUUUAAAAAUGUUAGUUAAAGCUAGAUUGUCACUGGAUGACCAUUAAUGGGUUCAGGGUAAAGAGGUUGCAUCAUGGUGGAAUUAAGCCGCGCCCCUUUUUCUUUCCCUCCAGACUACUUUCCUGUAAGUAGUUCCUGUAUAGCCGGAAUUUCACUGGUUUCACUGGUUGAUGAUACAAGUACAACCAACAGAAAGUCAAACAUGUCCCUCACAAGAAUCUGGGACCAUGUAUUCUUAUUUUGCAUUUCUAUGCAGAAUCUGUAUGGAGACCCUGAAGUAUUUGUCACUCUACAUUCCAGUUUCCUCUAAAUGAAAUCAAAAUUGACAAAUAAUCAUUAUGCUGUAUUGCAGAACCCUUGCAACUAGUGCUUGAGACCAGACAUGACCAUAGAUGACUGUGUAUGAGGUGAAAAACCAAGUGAGAAGAAGGAUUGUUUUGUGAUUGGUUUCAACUCCAAAGUGGAGUGGCUCUGUGCCCGCCAUUACCAUUUUCAUCACUUUUAUUGUAAAACCAAGAGGUUACAUCAGCUUCUCAUUCAGUCUGUGGUACAUGCAUUUGUGCAAAUGAAAACCAGGCAUUCAAAAGUGCAUGUCUUCAUCAGACUGAAUCACUGCUUAGCGCUGCAUACUACAACAGCUCAUGUCCUCUACUAGAAAUGGUUCCCUCAUAUGUUGGAUAUUGCUGAGUAUAUUUUUGUGUUUGUGUCUUAAUCAGAACAAUCAUGUUUUAAAGUUACAAUUAACUCUUUUGUGAAAUGUGUCUAUGAACGGUCAGGGAAAAGAACACUUUGUGUAUUCAGAUUGCAUGUCACACAUGUAAUGAAUCCAUCUUUUAACUUGCAUCAGCAGAGUGAGCUGUACGAUACACUAUACAUCACUAACUACAUGAAAGGGAGACUCUGCAGUAUGUGCAGUUUCUCUGUGCAACCAAUCAUUUCUGGACUGGGUAUUGCUGAUGUUGUUUGGUUGUCAGCUAUGACACUCAGACUAGGAUUUUCAUUUUGUUUCGGCUGCUGCAAACAUGAAGGAAAAUUUGUGACAUUUAUUUUCCCUUGUUUUGCUUAAUGUGCCCAACAGGACAGCAAUAAUAUACUUCAAAAUAUCAAUUCAGCAUGUUAAUGGGAAAAUGUAAAAGACAAGUAUUAAAGGUGUGUUCAGACCCAAACAGAAAGAUAAUCAUCAGGAUAUCUAUAAAUGCCAACGCAAAGAAGAUCUGAUUUCUUAGAGAUCAGCAAAGUUGAAUAUUUCAACUCUCAAUAAUAACCAGUGUAUUAAAAGACAUGUUCUGGUGUGAAACUAUGAGAAAUGUAAGGAAAAAAGUCUUUGCUUUUGGUCUAAACUCAGAUUCAUACAGGCUGCACUGAUCCUGGGCUCUAGAUGUCAAUUCAUUUGGAUUGUAGACUAAACCAGAGCUGUACUGUAACUUCAAUGUUCUCUUUGAAGAAGUUUCCCGCCCACAGUUAACAAGCAGAAUGUAAAACUCUCUCUUGAUAAUACAUGCCCAUCACUCAAUGUGACUUUAUGUUGACCUAAUCUCUAUUACCUGGUCAAAAACACUCCAGAUGCAGGUGGUAUACUUGAAGUUGGUCAUUCUGCUAACUACGGCUUCUUCGUUUAAGAUAACGAUUCAUGAAAUAUGGACAGAUGUUCUAGACCCCAAAUCUGACCUCAAAACGUUGUAAAAAGAAAAUAAAGAUAAAGAACAAAGCAAGUGUUUCUACUGCUCCUACAAACAUUUGAAUCUCAAUCCUCCUUUUUGUCUGAUAUCCUGCAUUUCCUCUUAAUAUUUGCUCAAAAGAUGGAAGCGUAUAAAACCACCUCUUUAAACACAAGGUUGAAAGAAAUAAAACUGCUGAGGAAUUGUCUGUAACCUGAGGAGAAACUGUUUAUAAUAGCAUUAAUGUAGGUGACUAUCCUGUCCCUUAUAAUGUGAUAGAUUGAAGACCAAACUCUGUUUGCAUUUGUGUGUAUUUUGUAACUUGGCUGUUUAUGUGAUCCAACAUUUUUUAUGAGAAAAUAAAAUCGUUCUACAUUUGCUGCAAGA